AUGUCGACGUGUGAAUACACGGAGCGGGAGCACCGCCACGAGAGGGCGCUGUUAUUAAUCGACAAGCCGACGCAGGUUUCUGCAAACCAGACGUCGUGCGACGACGACCCGGUCGCCGCCGACACCGACGCGCUCUUCCUCGUCACGUACGCCGUCGUCAUGCCGACGCUGUGCUGCGUCGGACUCGUCAGCAACGUCGUCAACCUGUGCGUGUUGCGUCGCGGCGCCGAUGCGGUCGCCACCGGUACCGCGCGCGCUGUCGGCAGCGGCGUCGGCUGCUUCGCGUCGCCCGCGUACGUCUACCUACGCUGUCUCGCCGUCGCCGACCUCCUAGCGAUGGCGUUUUGUCUGCCGAUGGCGGCGACGCGCGCGGUCGGGUCGCCGUACGCCAGCCGCUGGGUGGCGCUCUACACGGCCCGCCUCAGCCUCUUCCUCGUGAAUGCUGCGAUCGCUGCCAGUAAUCUUCUCGUUCUCGCCUUCACGACGGAGCGCUACGUCGCCGUGUGCCGACCGACGGUCACCAGGGGGCGCACGCAUCGCGCCAGCCGCGUCGUCGCCGCGGUGAUCGGUAUCUACAGUGUCGUCGUCGCGACGCCGGAGCUGUUCGCGUGGCGCGUCGAGGACGUCGGUGGCGCCACCUACGCGGUGGUUUAUAACGGCGGGUAUUUGGAGAGCGUGUGGCUGUGGUUGGUGUGGCCGUGGCUGAAGGAGAUGACGACGAAGAUGAUGCCGAUAGCAGCCGUCGCCGCGAUGAACCCGCUGAUCGUACGUCGCUACCGCCGUCGGGCACGCACCAGCGACGACCGACGACGCGCGCGCGACGAGCGGCGCCUCCUGGUGGUGCUCGCGGGAGUCUGCGCGGCGUUCGUGGUUCUGUCGACGCCGUCGGCCGUGGCGACGGUGAUGUAUAACGACGCGCGCAUGCGCAGUUACGCGUUCGUCGUCUUCGUCUGCGUGAGCAACUGCAUGGAGAUCGCGAACAACGCGCUCAAUUUCUACGUCUAUAGCGUCGCGAGCUCCGACUUCAGACGACACUUGCGCCACCUGUGCGCCUGCAAUAAGGUGGCGCCAUCUAUGGAGACGAGCGAAACGAGCGUCGAGGGAUGA